GUCACACACCUCUUGAAAACGUUUGGUUGGUUCAAUUCACGCUUUCACAUUCUUCCUCGUCUUUAACGGCGAUCUCGGUCGGAGGCUUCACGUUUGGCGAUGCGACGCCGUGCGAUCCUCCACAUCGCCUUCCUCCUCCUCCUCUCCUUCUGCCUCCUCGCCUCGUCCCGGCGCCCUGUCCUCCUAGUCCUCACCGACGAAGAUUUCGCCAACUCCCUUUCCUCCUCUUCCGCCUCCGAUGACUCUGAUGCCUCCGAAGGCGCCGAUGACUGGGAUGAUCUGGGAGAUCCGGAUCCAUCCUCCGAAGCUAAUGAUGACUACGACGGCGGCUCGUGGCUGCCCAUCAUCGACUCCCCCUUCGUCGCCAACUCCUCUUCUGACUCCAGCGAGGCGCUGUACUCCUCCGGCAUCCGCCGCAUGAUCGCCGCCGCCGCCUCCUCUGACCCCUCCGAUAUGUUGAUCGCCGCCUCCGAGAUUGAAGCCGCGGCCUCUGCUGGCUUCCCCCACGCUCAGUCCGCUCUCGGAUUCCUGUACGGCACAGGCCUCGUGCGUUCCCAGAGCCGCCCCAAGUCCUUCCUGUAUCACCACUUCGCCGCGGAGGGUGGCAACAUGCAGUCGAAGAUGGUCCUUGCCUACACCUAUUUCCGUCAAGAUAUGUAUGAAAAUGCUGUGAAGCUCUAUGCAGAACUGGCAGAAGCGGCCGUUGCUUCCUUCCUGAUAUCAAAGGAACCUCCAGUAAUUGAGCCAGUUCGGAUUCAUAGCGGUACGGAAGAAAACAAGGAGGCGCUGAGGAAGUCACGAGGAGAGGCAGAUGAGGGUUUCCAGAUCACAGAGUACCAGGCGCUGAAAGGUAAUUCAGGCGCUAUGUUUCGGAUCGGUAUUCUGUACUACUAUGGAUUAAGGGGAGUACGGAGGGACCAUGCUAAAGCACUGCUUUGGUUCUCAAAGUCUGCGGAGAAAGGGGAUCCGAGAGCGAUGGAAUUGCUAGGAGAGAUGUACGCCAGGGGAGCUGGAAUUGAAAAGAACUACACCAAGGCUUUUGAAUGCUUUACUCUUGCAUCCAGACAUAAGUAUUAUUCGGCUUAUAAUGGUUUGGGUUACCUCUAUGUUAAAGGUUAUGGAGUUGCGACAAAGAACUACACUAAGGCAAGAGAAUACUUUGAGAAAGCUGCUGCUAAUAAAGAGCCUGGUGGGCAUUAUAAUCUUGGCGUAUUGUAUCUUAAGGGUAUUGGAGUUAAAAGAGAUAUAGCAGCAGCCCGCAAUUUUUUCCUUAUGGCAGCUAAUGCUGGUCAGCCAAAGGCCCUAUACCAACUUGCAAGGUUGUUCCAGAAAGGCAUAGGUUUCAAGAAAAAUCUUCAAGUGGCUACGGAGUUGUACAAAACAGUGGCAGAGAGAGGACCUUGGAGUUCCUUAUCAAGAUGGGCUCUAGAGUCCUAUCUCAAGGGAGAUGUGGGAAAGUCACUUCUGUUAUAUUAUAGAAUGGCGGAGCUUGGAUAUGAGGUGGGCCAAAGCAAUGCGGCUUGGAUCCUUGAUAAGUAUGGAGAACAAAAUAUUUGCAUGGGAGAAUCUGACUUUUGCACAGACACAGAAAGACAUCUCCGUGCACACACUUUGUGGUGGCAAGCAUCAGAGCAGGGUAAUGAACAUGCCGCUUUGUUGAUUGGUGAUGCAUACUACUAUGGCAGGGGAACUGACAGAGAUUAUGAACGCGCUGCAGAGGCAUAUAUGCAUGCUCAGUCCGAGUCAAAUGCCCAAGCCAUGUUCAACCUAGGGUACAUGCACGAGCAUGGUCAGGGACUUCCAUUAGAUCUUCAUUUAGCUAAAAGAUACUAUGAUCAGGCAAUUGAGGUUGAUCCUGCAGCAAAGUUACCAGUUAAGCUGGCACUUGUGAGCUUGUGGAUGCGGAAGCACUAUGCCGACGGUUUCUUGAUUAAGAUGAUCGAUUCAUUCCCGGAACUGUAUCCAAGGAUAGAGGCAUGGGUAAAUGAGAUAUUGUUAGAUGAAGGGAAUGCUACCAUAUUAACUCUGUUUGCUUGCUUGUUGGCCGUUCUUUAUCUCCGAGAACGACAGAGGCGCCAAGUCAUUGCCCCUCCUGGCCACCCUGAUCAUAAUAUGCCUAACUAGGUUGAAGCCGUUAGGAGGUUACAGUUGCUAGUCCUCUUGCCAUAAGGAUUUUUUGCUUUGGUCUUUUGGUUUUCUAUUUAUUUGCUUAGAGCUAUGUUUCAAACUUGUACUGGUUUUGCACUCUGGAUUUUGUGUGUUUUGUCUUAAGGCAUUGUAAUGGUUGAACUUUUGCU